AUGGCAUUCGUCGGGCCCGAGCUGCAUUGGAAGUGGAUAGAGCUCCAUGACUUGGUGUCGCUGCGUGCUGUAGAGAGGAAGAUUCACACCCCCACCGGUGCUGCUGUCAGGCCGAGGCAGUGGAGGCUCCACAGUCGUCCCCGAGCCCAGCACUCUCGGUUGGACGAGCACAAGCUGCAUUACGCCGCCUGGGACGGACGCGUGGAGCACGUGAAGGCCCUGGUGGACUGUGGCGUCCCUGCUAACUGCCCAGAUCCUCGUGGCUGGACAGCUGUCCACCAUGCUGCCUUCAGAGGACACCUUGCACUGCUCAGGUUCUUGCUUCACACCAGUGAAAUAGACGUGAACUGUUUGGAUUUCUUCAGCUGCACCCCCCUGCACCGUUCCUGCAUGGGAGGCAACAAAGAUGCCACCGAGUACCUCCUCCAGAAAGGAGCGUCCCAUGAGGCACGCUCUUGUUGUGGCCAAACACCCCUCCACCUGGCUGCGGCUGGUGGGCACCUGGGCACGGCGCGGACGCUGCUACAACACCUGGCAUCACCUGACGUGCUGGACUCACGCAGGUGGACGCCACUGCACUGGGCCGUGUUCGGGGGUUGGGGUGAUGUGGCCGAGCUGCUCCUGGAUAACGGGGCAGAGUUGGAAGGGCCGAGCGGUGUGGGUAUGAGUCCCCUGCAGCUGGCUGUGAUGAUUGGAGACGAGGCAGCCGUCAGACUCCUGCUUCAUCGUGGAGCCGAUGCUAACCUCAGAGGAUCCAAUGGGCGAACGGCACUGCACCUGUGUGCCUGCUCUGCUGAGAAGAAGAUCCUGCAGCACCUGCUAGCCGCUGGAGCGAAGGUGUGUGUGAGGGACAGGGAUCAGGCCGCUCCGCUGCACCUGGCCGCCCUCAGUGGCUCCAGCGCCGUUCUCCAUCUCCUCAUCCUGAACGGGGCUGGGCUGGAGGACAGGGACAGCCUUCACAUGACCCCGCUGCAUUACUCCACCCUAAAGGACAAUGCUGAAGCGGCAAAGCUCCUGCUGCAUUAUGGAGCAGAUGUGGAUGCCACUGAAAGGCUGGGGAAGACCCCGCUGCACCUGGCCACAGAAAGGGGGCACUGCAAGGUUCUGAGUGUUCUGCUAGAAAGAGGUGCAGAUCCUUCCAUUAAGACCAAGUGGAGGGAGACGACGGAAGACCUGGCAAGAACACACAAGCAGUACGGAUCACUUAAAGUGCUCCAGGAACACAGGAAACCUCCUCUGAUAUAUCAAACUCCAGGCCAUACUGUCACUGAGAGUGUUUGGUAACAAGACACACACACACAGGAUGAUGUCCAGAUCAACAUGGACACCAGCUGCCUGAGAUCCUGUGUCACAUUCAAUUCAAACUAAUGGACUGGACUGCU